AUGUCACCCAUUUAUAUAAAGGUGCACAAGGUCGGAGCGAAGUUCAUGUCUCUUGCCCUCCGUCUCCCCACAAUUCACGCGCGGAAUCCCGAUGAGGCCCUGUCUUGUCCCCGGGCAGUGCCAUCCUCUUCACCCAAGUGCCACCUCCCGUAUGUGCAGGACGCUCUGGCAGUUAAUAACUUCGCCUUUAACCACCUGACGACCAUAAACGACACACAAAAAUAUUUGUUGAGGAAGCUUCUAGAUCUUCCAAUGUAUGUAAACAUGGGCAUCGGAGGAGUAACUGAAAUGGACGUCGUUGUUUUAGGACAGAAAAAAAUUUUACUCGAAGAGAAGUCCAAUGCAAAAAUUGUCAAUAAUGUCGGAAAGGGAAACAGCAAGAUCUCAAGCGAGGAACAAGCGUAUAAAAUUUUGCUGGAUGACGAGGCAAUCCAGGACACGACAUGCGGCAUCGGACCGUUCAGAUCCAGGUGGCUGCAGUUCCUGGCCCGCAAGGAGGUGUAUCUGAUUGUGUACUGCUUAGUGGGCCUCACCAAUGGCAUGUUCUUCACCUACAGCGUUUCCGUUAUCUCGACUAUCGAGAAGAGAUUCAAGCUCACUAGCAAGCAGAUGGGUACCACGCUCAUAGGUAACGACAUCUCCCAGGUAAUCCUUGCGAUUUUCUUGGGCUACUAUGGUAAUUUCGGCCACCGCCCACGAUGGAUGGGCGUGGGCAUCAUGACGGCGUCCAUGUCGGCUUUUGUGGCCUCUAUUCCUCACUUUAUCUACGGCCCAGGUCAAGACGCAAUUGACCUCGUUGAGGAAACCAGCGCUAAUCUUCUCGGCAAUUACAGAGAAUUAAACAAAACGAAGAAAGUGGAGUUGUGCUACUCACAGCCCGAGGACACAUGCGGCGCGGAGAACGGCGGCGGCGGGUCUAUCAUAGCGCCCGUGAUUUUCCUCUUCUUCUCGCAGUUCCUCGUGGGCAUCGCUGUCAGCAUAUUCUAUAGCAUAGGAGUCACGUACCUUGAUGAUAAUAUCAAUAAGAAAACUUAUCCUAUCUAUUAUGCGGCCACCUUAUUGCUAAGGAUCCUGGGCCCGGUCCUCGGAUACCUGUCGGGGGGCAAGUUCCUCUCCAUGUGGAUCGACCCUGCAUACAGCCCGAACCUGAGCAAGCGAGACCCACGGUGGCUGGGCGCUUGGUGGCUGGGGUAUCUGGUGAUCGGAAUUAUCCUUCUUGUCUCCGGCAACUUGCUCUUCCUCUUCCCGCGGAAACUGCCCGAGGCGGUGAGGAGGGAAGCGAAGAAAGUGGCGAGGCAGGUCGAGAAGGACGCGGAAGAAGGAGGCAAUCGAAGUGUGGAAUACUUCGCGGCGCUGAUCAAGAAGAAGAAAGUAGAAGAGAGACCGACUUUGGACAAUCUGAGGAAGGCCCUGAAACUAUCCAAACAAGUCUGGUGGGCAACCUCUUCAACACGGUGCACCAUCGUCCUCGCCAUGUCCUGCUACUGGAACUUCAAGCCUAAGUACCUCGAGAAUCAGUUCAGGAGGAGUGCGGCGGAGGCUAAUUACUACACAGGUGUUGCCAGUCUGGCCUCAGUGUCCUUAGGCACGGCGAUGGGCGGCGCCAUCAUGCGCUGGGUGCGGCCCGGACCCCGAUUCGUCUCAGGAUACAACAUCUUCAUCACUCUCUUUACCUGCGCCGGGUUUAUUGCCCUAAUGUUCAUCGGCUGCGAGAAGCUUGAUAUCAUUGGCCCUGUCGGCAGCCAAUUGGUCCCUCCUUGCUCGUCGGACUGUGGCUGCACGGACAAGUUCUCGCCGAUGUGCUCUGAGGACCAAAGGACGCUCUAUUAUUCGCCUUGCUACGCCGGCUGUACCGUUGCCAAUACGACUGUUAGCCCCAUUGCCUACAGCGAAUGCUCCUGCGUCACGAACGCCACCGCCUUCAUAACAACACCCAACCCCGUCGUUAAUAUUUCGUACAUGCAGGAUGGACACAAGAGCAUGUUUGGUGGAGGCACUAGCAGUUACUGCCCUGAACCAUGCAACAGUUUCUUCUAUUACCUUAUUGUGCAAAUUGUGAUCAAGACAGUUACUGCUACUGCCAGAGUCAGUAGCAGCGUCAUUCACUUACGUUCCGUGGAGGACAAAGACAAAGGGGUCGCCUUGGGAGCUCUGACAGCUUUCCUCAGCUGCUUCGGGCUCAUUCCUGGACCCAUCAUCAUGGGAGCCGUGAUAGAUUCUACCUGCUUGCUGUGGGACAUGUCCUGUGGGAAGAGAGGAAACUGCUGGUUGUAUGACUCGGACAAGUUUAGGCUAGCCAUACAUUUGAUCCCUGCGGUAUUCACCUUCAUCUCGGUGUUUGGCGACAUCGUUGUGUUCUACUACAGUCGUCAGCUCGACCUGUACGGCGAGAGGGACAACGAAAUCAAAGAAGAGAAAGAAGCGGCCGAAACACCUGAAUCGAGCCCUCUGAACGUGGUCGAAGAGGAGGCGAUCGAACCCACGGGGACGAGUGAUAUGGUUCUAAGUGGUUGAGCACACGUGCCCUAUACUGAAAA